CGCGGUAAGCAUCUUCGCCAUGUUUCGUUUUCGAAUCCUCCUGGAGCCGUGGCUUGAAAUCCGAGACCGCCACAAACAGCCUGGAUAAAGACAAUGCUGUUCAACAUGGCUCGACAUCUGGAGACCGGACGCGCGCUGACAUGAGCAUAACCGUUGCAGCCUUCAGCCACGCCGAUAACGACGACGACGACACGGAGCGCGAGUACGAUCGCCUCCGCGACCUAGCCCGCGAGGAAGCCAACAAGCGCAACCAGGCCUUUGAGCGCUCCCAACAAGCCUACCAGUCCGGCGAUGGCGCGGCCGCAAAGGAGCUCUCCAACGAGGGCAAGCGCCACGCGCAAAAGAUGGAGGACUACAACCGCCAGGCGUCCGAGUUCAUCUACCGAGAGAACAACGCCGCCGACCGCAUCACGGGCAGCUGCGUCGACCUGCACGGGCAAUACGUCGAGGAGGCGGAGCGUAUCCUCGAGGAGCGCAUCCGUGCCGACAGAGCUCGGGGCCAGGAACACUUGCACGCCAUUGUCGGCAAGGGAAACCACUCGACGGGCCACGUGCAGAAGCUGAAGCCGAGAAUCGAGGCCAUUUGCCGCGAGAUGGGGCUCAAGUACUCGACCGAGGAGAACGCGGGCCGGAUCUACAUCAACCUCCAAGGCGGCGACGCGACUAUGCCGCCGCCGCCUCACACUGGAGGUGGUGGACAGCAGCAUCACGGAGGAGGCCAGCAGCAGCAGCCUCACCAUGGCGGCCAGCAGCAGCCUCACCAUGGCGGCCAGCAGCAGCAUCACGGCGGACAGCAGCAACACCACGGCGGCCAGAACCAGCAGCAAGACCAGGACGAGACUGGCGACUUGGUCGUCAAGAUUCUCAAGAAACUGGAGAAGGCUUGCUGUAUUGUCAUGUAAGGGGGUCUGGUCUCUGUAGUGGCCUCUCUCCGCUUCCCCCCCUUUCUGGCUCUCGGCAGCUCGGCCGCAUCGUUAUACGCGGCCGGGUCUUUUUUUUCUUGGAUACCCGGCGGACUCGAUGUGAAAUGGUAAUGUCUUCUCUUCUUCCGAACCUAUGUAUAUAUUUAGGAUUGAUACCCCUGGCGAGAUGUCACU